AUGGCUAAUAGCUCGUGGAAAGACGGAAUCUUACUCAAGAUUUUGAACGUCGUCGUUUACUUCUUGUUCCUCGGUUCAAACAUAUAUUCCGUCGCUAUCCCAAAAGGUUCUUACCAUACAGGCAAGGAAACCUUUUUCACACCUGCUCCUUAUGCUUUCACUAUUUGGUCACUCAUUCAUGUUCUGCUGCUUGGGUUCAUCGUAUAUCAAUUCUUCCCAAGUGGAAAGCGUGUGAUAAUCGAUGGCGUCUCAUGGCGUUUCCCAUUACUCGCCGUGCUUAACGCAAUUUAUAUCAGCCUUUGGUCCCACCAACGAUACGUCGCGUCAUUCUUCUUCGCGCUGUUCGUUUCGUCAGCCGUGACGCAUAUUUACUACAUUGUUCGUCGCAACCACGCGAGUACCAAGUGGGCGGAUGAACUCUUCAUUCAUCUCCCCUUCUCACUGUAUCAUGGUUGGACGACUGUAUUGGUCGUGCUAUCUCUGUUCGAGGCUUUCGGGCCUGACGCAGCUACUCAUCGUCCGGGUGCCUGGACUUAUGUCUUCGUAUUUUUAGGAAAGUUUCUGGUCUCUACGGCAGCGACAUACGCGUUUUCUGCACCUGAGGGCGACCUUGCCGGCUCCGUUGCAAUUACUUGGGCGCUGUUCGCGAUAUUCACGCAUCAGAGGAGCAGUGCGUUCAUUCACUGGUGUGCACUCGCGUUCGCAUGCCUGAGUUUGUUCUGGAUCCUGAAGAGUUUGUAUGGGCACUUAACGGCGCAUAGGAAUGGGAACGCGGCUGAUGAUGAGGAGCGUGCUCCGCUCCUUGACCCGUGA